AUGUUUAUUUAACCUUAAAUACCCAGAACUCGUUUAGCUAUCACUCCAACCAAUAUGAGAUAAGUUUAUAUAGAUUCAACACCAAAUAGAUAGUAGUUAAAUAUGGCAUAAAGAAUUGAUGAAAAAUAACCAUUAGGAUAAGUUAAUGAUCAUAAGAAACAUAUUAUUAAUUAAAACAAAGAGAAUCUUACAAGGAUCCCUGGCAAUUCAUUUUGUCAUAGUUCAUCUUUUAAAGAACUAUAAAAUUAAAUUUAGGAACUAAUCUAAUAAAGAGAUAAUAUGCAAUAUACACUCUAGCAAGCAAUUAGAAAAAGCAAUAUUAUGGAAUAACAGUUAGACGUAUUGGAUUGAAUAUUAUACAAGUAAUUACAAAACAAGAAGAUUGAUUAAGCCAUGUAAUUCUAAGUCAAUAUGGACUAGUUUCAAGAACAAAUUAAUAUAUUAACAAAAAAACUACAUGAUCUUAUUAAUGAUAAUAAUCAUCUAUAAGAGUAAUAUUAGAGUUAAUAAUUUUAUAUUGAAGAAUUAGGAUUCUAAGAAAAUGACCAAUUUAAUAUUACUCAUAAUUUUGGAUAAAUGUGA